AUGCAAAGCAAGGACUCCGGUAUUACAGUGUCUACGGAGGUUCUGUCCCGGGAGGGUAAUAACGAAAGUGCUCUCAUUCUGUUGAGUAACCAGAAGAAGACGAAAAGAAUUGAAGCUAUCGUCAGGACACGACUGCACUGUUUUACCCAAGCCAAGGUAGUAGACACUGGUAGAUCGGCAACUGGGCAUCAACAAAAGACAAAGAACGGGCAGACGGUGCCUUGCAGGAAUGUCAAAGCCGGGGCAAGGGACCCCGGAAAUUGCCUAAAUAGGAAACAUCAGAACAAGACCUGCAGAAUAGAUGUCUGUGCUCUUGAUGAACAUGGCAUUACGUCAAGCGUCGAUCCGGAGAGCAAAAACAAAUAUGAAGAGCAGAAGGGAUCGGCAUGUGUCGUGUUGACUCGACAUGAUCAGAUUGACCUUAUUCCCGUAGUGAAUGAUCUACAUACAGGGGUUGAACUCGAAUGGUUCAUCAUCCCCGGACUUCACAGAUAA